AUGGUGCCAAUGGACAGGCCUGGUCCAGCUCUACAGAUGAUUAGCAAUUUCAUUUUUAAGAGACCCUACAGCACGAUUGUUCCGUACAAUGUCACAUUGCAGCCACUAAUUGAACCAUACCAACCUCAACCCGCGCCCACAGGUGACUCCUCUUGUUGA